CGCAGAAGAACAUAAACAGUAGCGGAGAGGAGUCAGACUGAGCCUGCUGCAGUCAUGGUGAAAGACGCGAAUAAGCCGAAAGGCCGGACUUCGGCGUACGCCUUCUUUGUUCUGUAUUGUCGUGAAGAGCACAAGAAGAAGAGCCCGGGUACCUCUGUGAACUUCGCCAAGUUCUCCAAGACCUGCUCGGAGCGCUGGAAGACUUUGUCUGCAACUGAGAAGAAGAAGUUUGAGGACCAGGCAAAGGUAGAUAAGGACCGCUACGAUCGGGAGAUGAAGAACUACAUCCCUCCGAAAGACAUGGGGAAGAAGGGAAGGAAGAAGAAGGACCCCAACGCUCCCAAACGUCCUCCGUCAGCGUUCUUUGUGUUCUGCUCAGAGCACAGGUCGACAGUGAAGGGCGAGUAUCCCAGCAUGACCAUCGGACCCAUCGCCAAGAAGCUCGCGGAGAUGUGGGGGAAGCAGAGCCCUAAAGACCGUACACCCUACGAGCAGAAAGCAGCCGCGCUGCGCCAGAAAUAUGAGACGGACGUCGCCGCAUACCGCGCUAAGGGCGGGGCUGGAGGCGGAGCUUCCAAACGAGGCCCAGGCCGACCCGCAGGCUCCACCAAAAAAGCUGCGGCCAAGGCUAAUGACGAUGACGACGACGAUGAUGAAGACGAUGAAGAUGACGAAGAGAUGGAAGAUGAGGAUGAAGAAGAAGAGGAUGACGAGUAGUUGUGUGUUUUGUUUGUUUGUACGUGUGUGUGUGUGUGACGGCUACUGCAUCUAUGCAGAAUUACUUCACUGGGGUUCGGGGGUUUUAACGUGUGUGUGCCCGCGGGCCUGAGAGAGAGAGUGUGUGUGUGUGUGUGUAUAUGUGAGUGUGUGUGUGCGGGCGUGAGUGUGUGGGCGUGAGAGACCAGCCUAAGCAAUAAGUCACAGAGGUUGUGAUGUGUUUAUUUUUGUACGGGUUUGUGUUUCAGCCAUGUGUAGAGUACAGUUUUAUAAUAAACUCACACUCUUAACUACA